AUGUUACGUGUAUGUGGUCACCAUCAUGAAAGACUACUCAACUACCGUAUUUGCCCUCCUUUUGUGCUUACCGUCUGCACUACAUACACCAGACCCAGCGCGGGACCCACCAAAGCCCCCAUGUGCAAGAAUAGUGGGACCGAGCGGCGGGCAUUCUGGACCCACAUGUCCGAAGUUCGUAACAUGGAAUUGAUAACGGGCGCCCUGUCUGAAAAGACGAGUUUACCCUCCAUUUGCUUCACCGCAGGCGUACCGUAG